AUGGAAUUUUACCUAGUAAGGAAGGAAAUAGAAAGUGAAACUUACUUAAUAGAGAAAAAGAGCGUGGGGAGAAAGUCUGGCUUGAAAUUUUUUAGUCUGGUCUUAAAUUCAAACUUUGAUUCAUCCGUAGUUCGAGGCUUGAGGUCUUCUAUUUUUAUUGCUUAUAGAGAAUCUACUUCAAGUAAAAUGAAGGGGUUUUUGAGGAAGUACAUCCGGAUGAAAGAAGAAUCUGGCAAAAGAAGAACACUGCAACCGCUGGGAAGCAAAGCAUUAGUAAAUAAACAUAAUUCUAAAGGAAUAAACCUCGCCAACAUUUCUCAUAGAACUACUACUUCCAGGUCUAAAAGUGUGCGAAAGGUUCCUCAUUUGUUGAUGCUAGCUACAAAGAAAAUGAAAGAGAUGGAAAAGAUUGAUGGUUCUACUAUUUUUAAGGAACAAAAGUGGAAUCUUGAGACGUACACUGAAGAUGAUGCUAAGCAAUUAGGGGAUUACAAAAUCCCUUGGAUUUUGUUUCGCGAUGGAUAUGAAAAUGGUCGAAGAUUGUACGAUAAAUUCAACGGACGGACUUGUCAUCAAUGCAGACAGAAAACUCUAGGCCUUCGCACUCAGUGCAGCAGAUGCAAGGGGUCGACUGGGAUGUUAUGUGGAGACUGUCUAUACAUAAGAUAUGGGGAGAAUAUAAUUGAAGCAAAUGAGAAUGGGAAAAGUUGGAUAUGCCCAGUGUGUCGAGGAAUAUGUAACUGCAGCAAAUGUAGAAACAAGAAAGGAUUGCCGCCUAUUCCUUGUAUAUAUUCCAAGGCGCAGAGAAAUGGUUACAAGUCUGUGGCACACUAUCUUAUUAAAACCCACAUUGUUAGUAUCAGUGGUGAAGGAGAGACAACAAAAAAGGAAGCAUUUUGCCUGUAA